CUCAACUUCUUCCAAACUGUCCCGGGACUCUGAGCUGCGCCUCUCCCGCUGCACCUCCAGCUUCCUCUAGGAUUUUGUUUCUCAGGGAUGGCCGCAUCGAUUCUGGAGGUAGGGAAUCUCAUUGAAGACGGGCGCUAUGGCUCCAGUCCUCUGGCUAUGUUAACUGCUACCUGCAACAAGUUUGGCAGCACCAGCCCAGUGAGGGACUCUGCAACACCCGGUAAGAACGGCGGCACUAGUCCACUAAAGAAGCCCUACAACAUGACCUCCGACCUUCAGACGGCCAAGAACGGGCGCACCGCCGAUGGCAGCGGCCUGGCGGACUCUUACAGCGGUUCCUUCACUACAGCCGGUGGCGGCGGACUGCUCACCCCGACCGGAAGCCCCCCUCCUACGACCGGAGGCUACGCCACAGAGUACAACCCUUUCUCUCACUCCUUCCAAACGUCCGUCUCCCAGGACCCGUCCCUGUUAGUGUCCAAAACCCACGCCACGGCAGACUGCCUCACCAGCGUCUACACCUCGUUGGACAUGACGCACCCUUACGGCUCGUGGUACAAAGCCGGUAUCCAUCCCGGUAUUACGGCCGCUCCGGCCAACGCCACGUCCUCUUGGUGGGACGUCCAUCCCAACUCCAACUGGCUGUCUGCGACCCAGCCUCAGUCAGACGGAGGUCUCCAGGCCUCUCUGCAGCCUGUGGCUCCGCAGGCUUCCCUGAGCCCCCAGCUGCCUAAUUACAGCACCGAUUUUACCACCUUGAACCCAGCUCCCUACCCUUCUGUGGGACUGGGUUCGUCCUCGCAUCUCCUCCAGCCGUCCCAGCACAUGCUGCCCCAGGACAUGUACAAGCCCAAGCCGGUGCAAAGUGCUGGGCUAAUGGAGAGUCCCAUGGGCUUAAAGCCAGCGAGGGGAUCAGGGGGCUACGGGGGAAGCUCGACACCCACAAGGUCCUCGUGCGACUGCCCCAACUGCCAGGAGCUGGAGCGACUGGGAGCCUCGGCCGCAUCCCUAAGGAAGAAGCCGGUGCACAGCUGCCACAUCCCUGGCUGCGGGAAAGUGUACGGCAAGGCGUCCCACCUCAAGGCCCACCUGCGUUGGCACACCGGCGAAAGGCCCUUUGUGUGCAACUGGCUGUUCUGCGGCAAGCGCUUCACCCGUUCGGACGAACUGGAGCGCCACGUGCGCACCCAUACGCGGGAGAAGAAAUUCACCUGCUUGCUGUGUAACAAGCGCUUCACACGUAGCGAUCACCUCUCCAAGCACCAGAAGACCCACGCCGACUCGGCGUUGCAGGGGAAAAUCGCGGGCGCCGAGGGGGACUUGGACCACCGGGUCGAGGAGACAGCAGAGAUCAACGCCAGCAACGGCGAGCCAAUCGCCAAUGGAGACGAAAAGACGGGGGUGCCCGCCGGAGUGGAGAACAGCGGUGGACUUUUGGAGAUCUGAAGCCUCAACUUAACCCAGAUCUUUUUGUUUCUUUCCUUUUGUCCCAAACAUGCCCAAGAGAUCAAUGCAAUAAAUGACUGCGCAGUGGCGGGCCGUGCAUCUGGUACUUGGGUUUUCCGUGGGAAUUUACCCGACUUAUCCCACCACUAUUAUGUAGCAGUUAUAGAACUGAUCAAUACUAUUGAGAAAUGCAAGAUAACGGGUCACCACUUUGCCCUAUUGGCCUUGUGUUUGUCAUUUGGAGCAGUUCUGAAUCAACAUUAAUAACAUGUCAAAAACAAUUAUUUAAAUAAAAUACAUCAUAUUCACCGGAGACGCUUAUCAUUAAAUACAACAAUGUGCUCAGAUUGCCACAGACAUGUUCUGCUUGUCAAAGUUAGCUGUGACAAGUCAGAGAAUGGAAAAAUGCUGAGGCUCAUUGCGGGCCAGUCUGAUUUCGUUAAAGAAACACACUCAUUGCCAACAUAGUGAGUUAAGUUACAUGGGCCAGCACUACUGAUUCUGAUGCCUUGGGUAGAUUGGACUGACAUGGUAACGAUGGCAAAUUCUGAUUGGAUAAAAAAAAAGCAAACAUCCACAUACAUGUAAGCAGCAGUGAGGAAUAUAAGUUGGAAAUGUACGUCAGUGCUUUUGAUAGCAUUUCGGCCUUGACAAUCAUUUCAUUUCCUCUUGCCUGGACCGUAAGCAAGCAUCGCCAUGUAAAUACGAGCAAGUCUUGCAAGCAAAUAUUUUCAGCAACCAAAAAGGAAAACAACGAAGGCUCGCACGUACGUCCACGUUUCUAAACCCAGCAUGCAUUUUUUUUUUUUUUGCCUUUCAAAUGAGCGCAACCACUGGGGAAAUUGAAUCUGCACAGGCAGAGGGAAAAGUAGCUCCGAAGCCACAAGACGAGUCGUUUGAGAGCGAGACGUUUUGGUUAAGAUGGCGGGCGGGCUUUUGACGGAGCCUUCCGCACAUAUCUGAUUCACAGCUGUACUUUGAUACUUCAGUCGUCGCUCUUGAAACAAUCAACACGCAGCGGGACUUGACGCUUCUCGUUGCCCAAAAAAAAAAAAAGUGUUGUCAUGUCAAAAGUCUUUUAUCGUGCUUCCUGGUGUGUGUAUUUUAAAUUCCUAUUUUCAUGAAUAAUCUAAUUUAUGUCUUAAAUUAUAAACAUUGCCGGUUGUAUUGCAGCUUGCAGGGAAAUGUCACGGCAGCGAGGCUUGCAAGAUGAAUGGAAGCCAGACAAAUAUAAAAUUUAAUGCCUUAAUUUAAGACUAUUUAUUAGCUAUAACAAGGAAGUUUAAGAUUUAUUUAAAGAUCUUGACAAUGACUAUUUCUCUGUAUGUAUUCUUUUGAGUGUGAAGUCUUCCACACAAAUGAUGAAUUAAGGGCUACAUACUAUAUAUUUUCAACAAUAUAUAGAUGGUUUUCAAUGUGUUUAUUAUAUUUUUCAUGUUGUUUUUCCAUUGAAACUGUAACCUUCCUAAUGAAGCCAUGUGCUUCUGUUAAAAAAAAAAAAAAAAAAAGAAAUGCACAGUGAGCACUGUUUCAGUGUUUGCUUUUUGGCUGAUGUGAAAUAAGAAAAUACUGUACAUAGUGAAGGGCAAGUAUGGUGUACAUGUAAGAGUCCUGCUCUGUGACAAUUUAAAAAAAAGUAAAGAUAUUUCAAAACAA